AUGUGUCAUGGAAACAAACCAUAUGGCUGGAGUGAGGAGGCGACCCCUCCUCCCUGGGAACCACACCCACCCUCCCCGGGGCUGCUUCGUCCCACCCCACCCAGAUCCCGCUGUGGGGGGCAGUUACGAAAUUCUGAAUUGCCACCCUCCGCCCCCUUCCUCCGGACCCACCCCCACUGCCUGGUCCCCUCCCCCAUUCCCUCAGUCCCACCCCCGCCCCGCUCCGGGCCGGGCUGCGGGCGGGGCGCUCCCCGCUGUCCGGUCCCGCACUCCGCGUUCGGCCCGGCUGACAGCUGCGAGGGGAGCGGGCACCGUGGGGCCCGGGUAUAUUUAGACAAGCUGCCGGGGAGCGCAGAGACCCACCAAUCCCAGCCGGAGCUAGAGGGGGUGUCUGGCAGCUCUCCUCAGAGACGGGGCACAGACAGAAGCAGGACAGACAUGGGGACGUGGAUCCUGCUGCUGCUCUGCUGGGCCCUGCUGGGAGCAGCCAGUGCUGAGCCUCCCAAGGAGCACGACCCCUUUAACUACGACUAUCAAUCCCUGAGAAUUGGAGGCCUCAUCUUCGCCGUCAUCCUCUUUCUGCUGGGAAUCCUCAUCAUCCUCAGUCGACGCUGUCGUUGCAAAUUUAACCAGCAACAAAGGACUGGUGAGCCAGACGAGGAGGAAGGGCCUCUCCGAAGCUCCAUUCGCCGUUUGUCCACCCGGAUGAGAUAGGCGGGCCCAGAGGCUGGUCUCCCCAAGGCGCAGACCCCUCCCUGGAUAUGAAGAGUGACCCCCUCUUCCCCCGCCCCAUGCUGCAUAGCCGUAGCACUUAGCCUAGACCAGGCCCCCGCGCGCUGAUUGCAGCCCGCAGAAUCUGAGCCAGCUAACGGGGCAAUAGGGACACACACACACACAGAGCAGGUCUCAUCCCCUCCAACAGGGGGCAGUAGGGACACAGACACACACACACACACACACGCACAGCAGGUCUCAUCCCCUCCAACAGGGGGCAGUAGGGACACAGACACACACACACACACACAGAGCAGGUCUCAUCCCCUCCAACAGGGGUUAGUAGGGACACACAUGCACACCAGGUCUGAGCCCCUCCAGCAGGGGCAGCCGAGAGACACACACACAAACACAGAGCUCAGGGCUUGUCCCCUCCAGCCGGGGGUGGCAGGGACGGACAGACAGACACACACACCUGGCAGGUCUGAUCUCCUCCAGCAGGGGACAACAGAGAUGUACAGAGCAGAGCCUGUCCCCAGUAGCAGGGGGACACCCCCCAUUCUAGGGGUGCUGCCCUUGUGGGCUCUGGGCAGCGGUGCCAAGAGCCCUGUGUGUGAGGGGUGCAGGGAGGGGUUACUGUGGGGGGCGGUGGCAGUCGGGGUCCCUGUUGAAGUGUCCAUCAUGGGGCUGUGAUGGGAACAGCUGGCUCCCACCCCUGGGUCAGGGCUGAUCUCCUCCAGCAGGGGCCAGUAGAACCCCCCCAGCCUCUGCAAGUGUCCCUGUGUCCAGCCGGGGGCGCUGUCUGUAGUUGCUGGCCGGAGAUGGCUUCCCAAUAAAUGCUACCUGCCCCCCA